UUGAUUUAACAUUGACCUUCAGUUGUCAAUCCGAUUAGAGUGGCCUUCCUGAGCUUAUAAAAGGGGAUGAUGAAAGUUACGUGAUUAAAUUGUUGAAGGUAUGGAGAAGAAGGUGGAAACUAGUGAAAGUGCUUUUCUAGCGGCAUUUGGAAUGCCCGGAGAUUGUAGUCCAGUUUUCACAUGGUCACCCUUACCCCCUAGAAGACAGCUUAGUUUCACCAAUAAAGAAAAGUUACAACACCAAUAUUCUGAAGAAGAGCUUUAUCCUAACUGCGAUGUAAAUGUUUGGUUGAGAUCUUGUGAAGAAGAAAUCAUCGAACCUCUAGAAGGUGUAGUGAAAGGAACCAUUCCAUCUUGGCUGCAGGGAUCCCUACUCCGAAAUGGUCCUGGAUCACUUAAAGUUGGCCAGGAAUAUUUCCAACAUAUAUUCGACAGCUCUGCUUUGAUUCAUAAGUUUAAGAUUGAUAAUGGAAAAGUGACUUAUCAAUGUAGAUUUCUUAAAUCUAACGUCUACAAAAAAAAUUGGGAGGCCAAAAGAAUUGUGGUGACAGAAUUUGGAACGAAAGCUGUUGCAGAUCCAUGUCAUACAAUAUUUGAUAGAGUAGCAGCAAUUUUUAAUCCAUCCUUAGAUCAAUCAGACAACGCCAUGAUAUCUCUCUAUCCAUUUGGUGACGAGUUAUAUGCAUUUGGGGAGAUUCCGAUAAUUCACAAGAUCAACAGUGAAACGUUGGAGACUGAAAAACAAGUAGAUAUCAGCAAACAUAUUUCUAUCGUACAUCACACGUCGCAUCCACAUAUUCUAAGAAAUGGUGAUGUCUAUAACUUAGCAACUUCAAUGAGCUCUACCGGUCCAAUCUUCAAUAUUGUGAGAUUUCCCCAUUCUGAAUCAGAAUGUCUUGAAACAACAUUCGAGAAAGCAGAAAUUGUAGCGAAAUUUCCUUCAAGAUGGACAUUUCAUCCAUCCUAUAUGCACACAUUUGGUUUGACCGAUAAUUAUUUCAUAAUAGUCGAACAGCCCCUAAACUUGGCUGCAACAGCAGUCAUAGCAAACAAAUUGAGGAACGAACCACUUGCUGGUUGUUUCCGAUGGUAUCCAGAAGAAUAUGCACAAAUAAAUGUCAUCUCCAGGAAGACUGGAACGCUUUGCAGAAAAUUCUACGCCGAAUCAUUCUUUUUCUUGCACAUCAUCAAUCAGUAUGAAGAUUCUGAACAUAUCGUGAUCGAUAUUUGUAUUUAUCGAGAUCCAUCGAUGCUCGAUUGUAUGUAUGUGGAAACCAUGAAGUCUAUGCAACAUAACCCCGAUUACGCCAAAAUGUUCAGGGGGAGACCAGCUAGAUUCGUUCUUCCGAUGUAUGAAGACGACUACAAAGGAGAUUCCACAAUUAAUCUCGUGAAAUUGAACCACAUUAAAGCGAAAGCGUUCUAUACGUCCAAAAAAGACAUUUUGGUUAUACCAGAACGUUUAUGUAAUUUGGGUUGUGAGACACCGAGGAUUAACUACGAUAACUUCUUAGGAAAACCAUAUCGUUUCUUCUACGCUAUCAGUUCUGAUGUGGAUGCUGAAAAUCCUGGAACGAUAAUAAAAGUCGAUAUACUCAACAAAUCAGCGCAAAAAUGGUGCGAAGAGAACUGUUAUCCCAGUGAACCCAUUUUUGUACCAUCACCAAAUGCAGAGCUCGAAGACGAUGGUGUGGUUAUAUCUGCCAUGGUUUGGGGAGGAACUGAUGUGAACCACGCAGGUGUGAUAAUUCUAGAUGCCAAAACAUUUACCGAAAUCGCGAGAGCUGAAUUUCAUACGCCAGGUCCAGUACCAAAAUGUCUGCAUGGGUGGUUUCUCAAUCAGAAGGAUGGUUGAAGCAAAAAGCAAAUUUUAUGAGAUUUGCACUAAUUUUUCCUAGUGAAAGAGCGAUAAAAAUAAUCUUGAUGUUUAAACUUAGAAAGAAAUUUUUUGAAUUGAUGUCUUUUGGAAAUUUGAACUAAGAAUUUAUUGAAAGGUAGACUUAUCAUUUUGAAAACAAUGCAUUCAAAUAAAAACAGUUAUCUGAAAUACUUUGUGGUAUUUUCUAAUAAUACUUACCGUAUAAUACUUGAGUAGAUAUUAGAUUAAUUUAUUCAAAAUAUACACUCAUAAUUCAUAAAAGAUCUUUAUGCAUAAGAUUAUACAACUGUUUCAUGUGUCAUUGUUGAAAUAAAUGUUUUAACUUUU